CUCGUCUCACACUCUUUCGUCCUUUUUCAGUGCUGCUCUUGGAAGAAUUAGAAAACAGAAAAGCCCACUUUCCAUCCAUUUCCUUUCAAUAAUAAAUGAUAAAUAAUAUAUAAUGGCUCCCAAAAUCCGCAUCUUUUAGGCUAUUACACUGCGCAUUUCUUCCACCACAUACAGAUAUUCUCAUUUCUGUCUCUUUUGAUUCCUUUUCCCUGUUCUUCAAAUUCAACUGCGUUCCAUUUUUUUCUUCCCAUGGCUCUGAAUUUGCCGUCUCCAGCUGAAGUGAAGUCUGUUUUCUUCGCCGAGUCCUUCAAGUCUGGCAAACUUGCAAACCUUCCAGGUGGUUUUGCUUUAAAGAGAAAAGGUUGUGGAACAAAAGUUGGAGGUAGAGUUCAUUGCUCCGUGAGCACACCACCUCCUGCUUGGCCAGGACGAGCGGUUCCAGAGGCGGGUCGCGAGACUUGGGAUGGGCCAAAACCCAUCUCUAUCGUGGGCUCCACUGGUUCUAUUGGAACUCAGACUCUGGAUAUAGUGGCUGAGAAUCCAGAUAAAUUUAAAGUUGUGGCCCUUGCAGCUGGCUCAAACAUCACCCUUCUCGCGGAUCAGGUAAAGACUUUCAAGCCUCAGCUUGUUGCUGUUAGAAACGAGUCCCUUAUUGAUGAACUCAAAGAGGCUUUGGCUGAUGUUGAACAAAAACCUGAGAUUAUCCCUGGAGAAGAAGGAAUCAUUGAGGUUGCUCGUCACCCUGAUGCAGUAUCUGUUGUAACGGGAAUAGUAGGUUGUGCAGGACUGAAGCCAACAGUUGCUGCUAUAGAAGCAGGGAAAGACAUAGCUUUGGCCAACAAAGAGACACUGAUUGCCGGAGGUCCUUUCGUUCUUCCUCUUGCUCACAAGCAUAACAUAAAAAUUCUUCCUGCUGAUUCAGAACAUUCUGCCAUUUUUCAGUGUAUCCAGGGUUUGCCAGAUGGUGCACUUAGGAGAAUCAUUUUAACAGCAUCUGGAGGUGCUUUCAGGGAUUUGCCUGUCGAAAAACUGAAAGAUGUAAAAGUCGCUGAUGCAUUAAAGCACCCGAACUGGAAUAUGGGGAAAAAGAUUACUGUGGAUUCCGCUACCCUUUUCAACAAGGGCUUAGAAGUAAUUGAAGCACAUUACUUGUUUGGAGCUGACUAUGAUAAUAUUGAGAUUGUCAUUCAUCCGCAAUCUAUCAUACACUCAAUGAUCGAAACUCAGGAUUCAUCGGUUCUUGCACAGCUGGGGUGGCCUGAUAUGCGGUUGCCAAUUCUCUAUACGAUGUCUUGGCCUGAAAGAAUUUAUUGCUCUGAAGUAACUUGGCCUCGUCUUGAUCUGUGCAAGCUUGGUUCUUUAACAUUUAAAGCUCCUGACAACGUGAAGUAUCCGUCUAUGAAUCUUGCCUACGCUGCUGGACGUGCUGGAGGCACUAUGACAGGAGUUCUCAGUGCAGCUAACGAGAAAGCUGUAGAGAUGUUUAUUGAUGAAAAGAUUAGCUAUCUGGAUAUUUUCAAAGUUGUGGAGCUAACAUGCGAGGAACACCAAAAGGAAUUGGUGUCCUCUCCUUCUUUGGAAGAAAUUAUCCACUAUGAUUUGUGGGCGCGAGAAUAUGCAGCAAGCUUGCAAAACUCCUCCAGAAUGACCCCUAUUCUUGCAUGACAUCACUGCAGAUUAAGAACUGGGGGAUUUCAUGGCUUCUUGCUAAGUGCAACCAUGUUUCACCAUUAUUUUUGUUGGCAUCCAGCAACUCUACCAUUUGUAUAAUUGUUGCAUGUGUCAAGGUUUUGCUAGAAAUGGCUUUCAAAAAUGUAUCGCAGUUCAUUCCUCAGUUGAAUAAGAAAAAAGGUUUUGUUUUAA